AGGCUCGCUCUUCGUCCGUCUUCAAUCAUUUGCCUUACGCCGCUCCCCUUACUCCCUUCUUCACUACCAUCCUCUUCUUCAUCCUACGUAUCAUCUCCUAUGCCGUGUCAGUAGCACCGACAGCAUAUCCCGUGCUUCGUGCUCCACUCAACACCCAGCUCGACCCUUCGUACGCCAUCCUGACACCGAGACAACAGUGUGGCAUCUCAGCAGGCAACAUUGAAUCAUCAUCCAUCCGUCCAAGCUGGGUGGCAAGACCCGCGAUAGACUUGUAACGUGCGACGCCUCUUGUAACCUGCGGACUCCAGUGUCCCGUCACCUUUAUCUUCUAUCUGCGUUACAGGGACCAGCAUCAUACGAUGUCGAACGGCGUAUUCUUUCUGGAUGAGGAGAGAGAACGUGACGCUGUCAGUAAUCCUUCUCCAACUCUCUCUCCAUCCAAUCCCGCAGAAGAUGCAAAGUCUACGCAGCCUCUUCCGUCCCUUCAAAUACCUCAAACCACUCUUGCUGCUCCUAUCCCUACUCAUGGAGGGCAGCCUUUACCGCAGCAUCGAAAACAUCCCGCGUCAUUUGCAGCGACACCGUCGUUUCCUUCUCCACUGGCAAGAGCAGUAACAGUACCGUCACAUUCAGAUGAAUCAUCGUCUUCUACACAUUCAUCGCCUACUCAGUCUGAUGAGGAAUGGGAAGGUCGUCGGAAUAGUGGUCAGCGUUCGCCAAGCGAAAUGUCUGGGUCGGGAACUCCGAGACGGUGGGCGGAAGGUGUACAUGGAGCAUACCAACGUUCGCCGUCUUUAUCCCGUGCCGGCAGUCCUACCUCCCGUCCACCCAGUCCGACAGCAGCAGGCACGAAUACCCGACCUCAACCUCUUACUCCUGGUGCUUUGCUCAUGCGAAGUAGGCGGUCAGGAAGUACAUCCCGACACUCCCCGCCGCGGAUUGCAAAGAAAGAACCCGCAACGGGUCAGAAAAUGCCGCGGUUUGUCGACACCUUUAGUCGCAUGCAACCCGGGGAUACUGGUUCUGUGUAUUCUCAAAACGGUUCCAAUGGUUAUGGGCAUGAUCAAUCGAGCCCCUCCAAGACAGAGUCAGUGAGCGGUGAUAGAGCUGUCGCCAUUCCGUCCGCCCAAGAUACUUCAAAGGAAGCGAAUUCAUUGGGUUUCGGUUGGGGAGCAUGGGAAUUAUCAGGUUCGGGAUCGUCCUUUGGAAAUGGUGCGGGUAGUUUGAGGGAUAAAGGAAAGCCCAGAGGAGACCUGAGGGAUAUUGGACCACCAAGCCCAAGGCGAGAAAGGGACCGAAUGAGUACUAUUAGUGUCAGCCCAACAAAGCAAAGGCGACCAUCAGACUUCCUCAACCCUGUUUUAGAAGCUCGCAAGAUGCCUACCAGCAAUGGUCGACCUUCUUUCGGCGGGCCGGCCGUGGCUCAUCUGUCGACAUCCGCGUCAAUGGUCUCACCUCUCAAUCCUUUACCGUCACCAUGGACAACUGCUUCUGAUACUUCCGUCUCUACAUUCAGUCCUUCUACCAGCUCGACGAGCGAAUCAGCACUGACCAGCGGCUCAUCGAAUACUGGAGGAGCUAUCAAGCUAAACAGAGUGCCGACGAGUGUAAGGAUGGCGGCGGACCUGUUGAGGAAUGCGAAUACUGCUAGUCCGGCUCCCAUCUCCGGUAACACCCCUCCCGAACAUCAGCUGCCAGGACGUGAAGGCCUCACAAAAGAACAAAUCGAUCAGGCAAUCAUGCCUCCGCCUCAACCCCCCGCUCCUUCAGGCCAGUAUAUGGAAGAUGUUCGACCCGGACCUACACCGAUGACGACGGCUACACCGGCACCUAGUACUGAAUCUCAUAUCCCCUUGGCUGCUGGUCGCUCUCCGGCGAUCCCAUUCAAAACAUCGAUGGUGCCACUUUUACCACGACCAAGACCGUCAUUACCUCUAGAAUCGCCAGCAUUAUCAAGUAAUGGCAAUGUUCAAAUACCGACGGAAUCGGUAAAGGUACACAAGUAUCGGACUUCUCUCUAUGAGCCUGUUAAAUCCUCGAAUUUAUUAUCCGAGUCUCCAUCCGAAAGCACAUCUGGCGGUGAGAAUGGUUCCCCAGCAAAAUCGGAUUCUGCUUCUGUCGCAACUUCUCCCUCGCGAUUCGGUCUAGGCUUGAGCAUACCUUCAGGCACAACCACAGCGCCAUUCCUCUCGCCUGUGCCACAAUCUACAGCUACCGAAAAACCAGGAGUGGCUCAGUUGGCUCGUUUGAAAGGUGCUGCUGGCGAGAAGCAUGGGAUGGCUGGAGAUCUGGCGGGGAUUAGCGGGAUGGGAGAUGCGGCCAGUCAUGCGACAAUGAUUAUGCAGAGUCGACAGGCGAAAAUUCAACGAUGGGGUGUCGGUUCAAAUCAGAGAGGCUUCGCUCCACCCAUCUUCGGUCGUUCAGCAAGUGCUGGUUCUCCUGCAAUGCUGGCCGCCCGGCGAGCAGAUCGUCAAUCAGAAUGGGGUCAGCUAGAUGUCAGUGGCGGAACUGCGGCUUCUUCCCCUGGAGAAGAUAUCCCAGCUACAGGCUCACUCGACGCUUUCUCUUGUGCAAUCUCAGGUACCCUUGGACCAUCAGCAUCCAUGCCUUCCACCCAAACUCCAAAUCCUUCUUUGCUCGGUUUAAGUUCACAUGGUGCUGAAGAUAACGAGAUGAGAGAAGAAGCCGGAUCCUGUACGAAACAUCAGUUUAACGCUGGAGCAGCAGGUGUGGGCGAUAUUGAGUGGGUAGACUGGAUGGACUGUUAUAAAGGCUACAAGGAGAUGAAGAUUAAGGCAGAGGCGGAAGCUAUGAAGGCAGAGACGUCAAAGGCGGGUGACAGCCCGGCUUUUGAAACGAAGCAACUGGGAUACGAACAUGCGACAAGACCAUCAUUGCAGGAAGAGAGGAGACCCGCAGAGAGAGCCCAUGGUCGAAGAUUUUCAGAUCAGGAAGUGACCAUUUCAUCACGAAAAAGUGGGGAGAAGAUUCCAGUAACGCUAACGUUGACGCCGACGGUAUCAAGGGACAGUCAGGGAGGUUCGUUACACGGCUCGAUGAAAAGGCAAAGCUUGUCUUUCAAAAAUUUGAUUGCUGUUGAGCCAAGAAUGUCCCCCACACAACGGAGAUCUAGUUUCUUUGAGAGGCAGAGGCAGUCUUCAGGGAGUUCAACCAAGACAGACCAUUCGUCUGUCUUUGGCUCCGGUUCGGGGUCUGGCUCAGGUCUCAUGAAGAAGAAAAAUCUGGUAUCGAAGAUGGAAGGUUGGUGGAAUGCUGUUAAGAGCAACUUCGUUCCUGAGCAUCCUCCUGGACGACCGGGUGGUCACAGCAAUCAAGGAAGAGUCAACCAUUCACCAAAGCGACGUGGUAGUAUACCUUCUAUCACCCAACUGAAAUCUGCGUAUCUUGCGCCAGAACCAGCAGCCCUUCGUGGCUCCCCCAAUCUACCAUUGCGUCAGGUCAUUUCCCACAACGAGCUUCGACAGCGUCCUCAAGGAGACAACCAUUAUGAGAGCGCAAGUGUCUUGGACUCCACUCCCGCUGACAUAGCUCGUCUCUCGAGAAAUUCAUCCUCCGAAACUGCAAUGCCGAUCCCCCAGCACAUGCUAGUCCCCCCGCCACCACCCGUUAGACAUGCCUCUACUGUUACUGAAGUAACGGAGGAACCUACCAAUCCACCCAGCAGGCAGGAGCCCCCAAUUCAUACCUCUCUCGAAGCUCGACGACGGCAGCCCAACCUCAGGCUUGAGCUUGAGCCUCACACCCUCGCACAGCCCAGUCCCCAUAGCAGCAACUCAUCUGGCAGUCAGCCGCGUAUGGUUCCCCUUGGUAUGCCUUUGCGACUUAGCGAAUCUUCCUUGAGAUCCUCAGUUUAUGGCCAAUCACGUGGACCAGGUUUAACGCCCGGCGCUCCUAGAUGGGAUCAAACACCGUGGCCCGUGCAUACUUUUAGUCAGCAUCAAGUCGAGGAUAGGGAGGAUAAGCCCGUGGCGCCUGGUGCAGAAUUGACUGUGGGAUCUGUACGAAAUCAUAUUAGACGUAGAUUGAACGGCGCAAAAGAAGCCUGUGAUGCGUCAUUGAGGCGGACGAUAAAUUCCAUCACAAAGUUUGUUGAACAGGAAAGGCAAGACGUUGGUAGACAGGAAGAAAUUCCUGUGGAUUACUUUGAAACGUUGAACUUGAAUGACUCUGCAGUUGUUGAUGGGGAAGACACAGGAAGUGAGGCAGCGUAUGAGAACGAAGGGCCAAGUUCACGGGCAGUAUCCAUUUCUUGGUCUCGAGGUCCAAGCAGGCGCCCCUCUGUCUCGUUGCACGCGAUUAGUCCCAAAGCUCGGACUUCAGCGCUUGCUACUAGCCCCAGCCGAAUCGUAUCGAGACGAAGGCCGAGUGCAGUACUCCCACGAACCUUUGGUCCUACAGGACGCAACGUCUCGAUACCAAAAGACCGUACUCAGUCUGGCGCAAGCUCCAGGUCGACUUCACGCUCUCACUCACCCAUGCCAGGACGGCAGCUCCCUCUGCAAGUUGACUCUACAGAUGAAGAUCGACAUUUCUUGCAAGCCUUGCAAGACUUGAUCGUGCAGGCUACUGAAGUGGUUGAUUCCAGUGUUCACACUCUCAAAUCUGGCCCAGAUUCAUGUGCCACCAUCAUCCAGCGUAUCCAAAAGAUAGGUGCUAAAUGGGAUGAGCAUCCUGACUGGCCUGGACGAGAAUGGUAUGUUGAGAUUCUCCUGGCUGUUGCCAAUCUUGGCCGUGUUUUAGACUGGUGGGAAGCUGAAAAGGGCUUCUGGAACUUUGAUGCCGAAACCGAGAAUGACCAGCUGUUGUUCGUGUUAAAGCCGAGAGAGGAGCAAAGAUUUGAUCAAGAAUUCCGGGCUACCUUCAGUGAGCCAAGGUAUUCGCCCCUGUCUACUGCUGUAUCCGUUGCUGGUGACCUGCCCCCGGCGUUAGGCCUGGAUGCAACUUCACCAAUUGUGUCCAGUCCACAGACUGCAAAGUCAGAAGAGCCAGGCAAGGGCUUAUCACCCAAAGCUCAAGCUAUCGACGAUUUGAAGUUCCUUGCCGAGCAUGCUAAGAGUGUGAAUAUUGUGAUGGAACUUAGUUUACAGGGUGAGAUAGUUGAGUACGUCAACGAUGCGGUGUUGGAAGUCCUAGGGCAAGUCCCAGAAGAAGUGAUAGACCAUCCCAUUACAGAUUUGCUCGCUCCUGGUGACGCAUCAGUAUUUUCCGAGGCCACCCAUCAGCUCAUUGAGGAUGAUAAUAACACAGUUCAAUGCCGAUUCCGAUUCGAAGUUCAUGAUCUUGCCCAAGAUGAAGAUGAUGAACGUCAACCGGGCCCAGUAUACAUCGAGCUUGAGGGCGUCGGUAUGCUGAUGCGUGAGAACAACGAGCCAUCGCACACAAUGUGGGUGAUGAAGCCCGUUGCCGCGACUCAGGUGGAAGCUAUCACUGCGGCAGUCUUCCCUCGCGAUGGCCAUAUCUCAACCGAGGGAAUUCUUUGUCGAAUUUGCGAAAGAGAGAUCGUCGCUUGGUUCUUCGAAAAGCAUAAUGAAACCUGCGAUGCGCUUCAUCGCUUGGAAGCCGAGAUUGCUGAGUGCGAUGAUUGCUUGCACGAACUUCGUCAGACCGUUGUCGAUUUGGAAUCUGAAGUCGACGCUGCUGCUCCCAAUAAUCCCGCGCAAUAUCAGGGGGUGCUCUUCUUCACUCUGCCUGAAUCGGUUGCAGCUAGUGAUGCAAAAGCCGCUACUCAAUAUCUUCAAGGAAUAGAAGUUCGCAAGGUUGCUCGUGAACACUUGCAGGAUGUUCUCCAUAUAUUAAGUACCGCCCGCCAGAUAGAGACGCCUUACGUGCGUGAGGAAGAGGCAGAUCUUCCUUCCAAUAUCCAGAACUAUCUGUCAGAAGAGUCUGAAGAUCGAUUGUUGAAGAUCAUGAGGUGGCAACGCCCUCAGACUAAUGAAUUUGCUCUUAACCUCCUCUUCACCCAUGUCGAAGAGCAGUUGAAAAGAAAGCACAAAGCCGUGGCGAGGAUGCAGAGUACCAUCAGGUAUUCCGAGAAGACGAGACAUGAAUGGGAAGAUAAGGUUAAUGAGAUGUUGGCGGAACAAGAGGAUGGUAGCGGUACGGAGAGUGAAUCGGGUUCGGGUGGCAGUGAAAUUGAUAAGUCCCCUUCUGAGGUUCACGCAGCCCUCUCAGUCGAAAACCCAGAGUCUUCUCCACCCGGUCCAAGGAAAAUAGCGCCUUUGGCCAGGCUGCCCAUCACGCAAGCGCACCCCCAUCGACAGCCUUCCGUUCUUGAGGAAUUAUCAGCUCCAACAAGUAUUGCUCCUACCCCUGCGGCUCCUCAAACGAUCACUACUGAUCCUGCGCCUCCAGCAUUAACGUCCGCUUCCUCACUGCCUACAGUCCCCAUUCUGGCACCCAAAGUCAGGAACGCUCCCUUUCAAUUCGGAUCUAAAGUGCACAGUCCAGAUAUGCCACCUCCUGCGCCAUCGAGACGAGUAACCCCAUCUAAAACCGGUUCAACAGAACCCGAAUCUAUGACAUCUUCACCUCUAUUAAUGCCCUACGGGGCCGAUAGACACCAUCGCCGUCGCAUCUCAGGCUCUCAAGGAAUGCGCGACGCGCCUCUUUCACCUAGAAUCCCAUCCGCUGCUCUCCGAUCAAGCGUUGCUCAAACCACUAUUGAUGACUUUAAGAUAUUGAAGCCUAUCAGUCGAGGUGCUUUUGGCUCUGUUUAUCUUGCGAAAAAGGUUGCAACAGGUGACUACUUCGCGAUCAAGGCUUUGAAAAAGUCAGACAUGAUUUCAAAGAAUCAAAUCACCAAUGUAAAGGCUGAACGAACAAUUUUAAUGAAUCAGGCCAGCUCACCGUAUGUCGCCAAACUUUUCUUUUCUUUUCAAUCCAAGGAUUAUCUCUAUCUUGUGAUGGAGUACUUAAAUGGCGGUGAUUGUGCGUCGUUAGUCAAGACGUUGGGUGGUUUAAGUGAAGAUUGGGCAAGAAAUUACACGGCAGAAGUCGUCCUGGGUCUGGAGUAUCUGCAUAAGAGAAAUAUUGUCCAUCGAGAUAUCAAACCCGAUAACCUCCUUAUUGACGCCCGAGGUCAUUUAAAGCUGACCGAUUUUGGUCUGUCCCGAAUCGGCUUGUUGAAUCGUCAGGUUGGUGGUCCAAGGCCCGCUUACCUCCGAGGUAUUUCACUUCGGGGCUCUGGUCAACAUCGCCUGUCAAUGACUCGAACGACAUCGAACUCGUCAUUAAUUGAUUCAAACAUGCUUUCACCAGAGAUCAGCUCGGGUCAAUCUUUGCCAAACGUGUCCCAGUCUUACUUCUCGCAAAUGCGACCAUCUGGGCCGGAGGAUGAGUCAAGUGGCUCUGAGUCUGCGGGAAUCAUCCCCAAGCAUGUGCGUCAAAUGGCCACUAAACUUUCUUCCGAACUCGGCACUCCUUCUGUCAAUGGCAAAGAACCCCCAAAGUUCGUUGGAACUCCAGAUUAUCUUGCACCGGAAAGCAUAUUGGGUAUUGGUCAAGAUGAUGCGGCAGUUGAUUGGUGGGCGCUGGGAGUAGUUCUGUACGAGUUUUUGUACGGCUUCCCGCCCUUCCAUGCGGAAACCCCGGAGAAGGUAUUCGACAACGUCGUUUCAAGAAGAAUUAACUGGCACGAGGAUGAGGUUGGCAUCUCCCCCGAAGCUCGUGAUCUGAUCAAUCGACUUCUGUGCUCAGACCCACAGAUGCGACUAGGAGCCAAUGGUGCAGAAGAAGUCAAGAGCCACCCUUAUUUCGCAUCUAUCAAUUGGGACACCAUCGCCACUUCUGAAGCAAGCUUUGUGCCUGACGUCGCCGAUCCCGAAUCUACCGACUAUUUUGACUCCCGAGGCGCGACCGUGGGCUUUCAUGACGGUGGCGGCGUACCACAAGUAUCGAAGCAGACAGCAACUGACCCCAAUGCGAAGGCCAACCCUGGUGCUGCUUCUAUGUCUCCAAAGGCAUCAGGCGAGAUGGAAGCCAUCGCCAAUGACAUGGCCGAACAAAGUGAUUUUGGCGCCUUCAACUAUAAAAAUCUACCAGUUUUGAAGCAAGCCAACGACGAUGUCAUUCGAAAAUUGAGGACAGAUUCUAUGGCUCCUCUCAGUCAAGCAUUAGAGUGUGCGCCUUCCUUGAGUAAAGGGAAACAAAGAAGAUUAUCCGUACAGGUGCAGAGCAAGUCCACCCGAAGGAUAUCUGAUCCCAAUCAGGCUCCUUACACUCCUUCUCCUUCAACGUCCACGUCCUCGGCUGUCUCCACUCCAUCCCGAAGCAACAUGCAGCCUCCGUCUAGUUCGACCUCACACCAUCCCAGGCGUUUGUCCGAGCUUGGCGCUCUCGACCGAGUCAAAUCGACUGAUGAGGCGGAUGAACCGCGUGAGGCUCAGUCACAGACUCGAUUGCGAGGUGAUUCAGGGUCAAGCAUCGGUAGCAAUAGCACAGAAUUGACAAAGCAGCGCCGUCAUGCCUCUUUGCAACUGGAUUUUGCCACCUCAGAGCCUUUUGGGGGUUUAGCAGAAAAUAAGCAUUUUGUGGGGUCGAACGUCCAUAGCAGAGGAUUGGAUGUGUUAGUUGCAGAGGAUAAUCCUAUAUCACAAAAAAUCCUUGAAACACUGCUUACUCGAGUGGGAUGUCGAUGUAUCUGUGUGGAUGAUGGACCCUCAGCUUUGGCGGCGAUUAUGGGCAGCAUUCGAUUCGAUGUCAUUAUCUGCGAUAUUCAUAUGCCGGUCGUAAAUGGAGAGCAAGUCGCUCGAAUGAUCAGAUCGACCAACAAUCAUAACCAGCUUACACCAAUCAUUGCUGCAACCUCGUAUGAGCAAUAUAUCAAUGAGGAGGGGACCCUAUUCUCAGGAGUACUGGCGAAGCCUGUCACGAAGGCGGACCUCAUCAGAUGUUUGGCGAAGCUCGGGUUUGUAAUCAGUGCCGGUGCCAGUGAUGUCGCGUCAGUGCCGACAACGGCUCCUGCGGUCCAAUCGUAAAACGGUAUUUCCUAACCGAUAUGUUCUUUAUGACGAUAUUCUUAAUGCUCAAGCGACUCCCGUUUACAUAUUGUAGUUUUAUUUUCUUUAUUUUCUUUGGUUUCUUUGAUUACCAUGACAGCCAGCACGUUUCAAAAAUUGUAAUAUUCCGGUUUUCUUGUAGUUGUUGUCAUGUCUCAUGCAUACCGAUUUUAAGAUGCACAAACAAGGAGGGAAGCUACAUACAAGUCUAAAAACAAACAAUAUUGAAGAUACUGAAGAUGCUAAUAUUACCG